AGAGAGAGGACUCCGUCUUUGUUUUGCAUCUCCUUUGUUUGUUCUCUGCAAAGAGAAAUUUUGUUUUGCUUCUUAAAUCCGCACAGCGACAAAACAACCUCAAACAUGAACGCAGGAGCAAAAGACGGCGCCAAGGCUGCUCCUCCCAAGUUCAAGCAGAAGGAGGCCAGGCAGUUCAAGAGCAAGGCUCCUAAAGCUGGACAGAAGGGAUUCGACAACGAUGUUCCAGGGAUGGAUGGUCUUGGAGACUCGGCGGUGGUCUGCCCCUGGGAGGCGUUCGGCGACAUGGAGCUGAAUGAACUGGCCCAGUUUGGCAUCAUCUAGACGUGUUAGGCGGGGUCUCCUGCUCUCGUCCUGGAGGGGUUUCGAUUUCGCUCUGUUUCUCUGCUCCGAGCCGAUGCUUGAUUUCGUCGAGUGAAGCCGCAGCGCAGCAAACACUGUGCAUCAGAUCUCGAUAGCGCCGAGGCCAGGGAGCCCCGCCACAGCCAAACCUCUCUGCUCCUGGUCAAGAAGAAACCUACGACAAUAUGAAACUCAGUUAUUCAUCUGAAAUUCCCUACCUCUUCGUUACGUUAAGUUUAGUUUUUGUUUAGCCUGUUGAUCUAUUAAAGGUGCACUACGCAAAAUCGCCAAAGGUGAAAACAUAGAAUAAGCACAACAUGUGAUGUCUGGGUCUACGUCGGCCUGACUCGCUGAUUUCCCAUGCUUAUCCCAUGUUUUAUAACAGUCCUCACUUUAAUUGACACUCAGCGAUUUUUCCCAGUGCAUCUUUAAUGGGAAACAGAUGAGAAAAAUGUGUCGUGUGAGGAUGGAGUAAAUUGAUUAUCCAUAAACAGGAAUAAGCUGAUUUUAUUUUGAAAACUGUGCUCCCUACCUCUGAUUACCCAUACUAUUGAGUCCAGUAUGUAUUUAUUUUAUCUAGCCACUUAUAAUCAUGUAACAGUAGACAUACACUCAUAAUGUUAUUAGAAUAAAUUCCAGUAUUUAUAUACUCAUUUGUAUAAAAGUUAUUUUCCGUACUGUCUUUGUUUCAUGUUUUUUUCUUCUUCUUCUUCUUCUUUUUUUUAAUGAUCACAGACUUAUAAUCUCAACCCUA